CAGGGGAGGAGCAGAGCUUUGGUGCGGUGAGGUCACCUGUGAGCUCACAAUUCAGUUGCCUUGGUGGAGCGGGGCCAAACCGGUGCCUCUGGCUAGAGGGCAGGACCGAGGCAGCAUGGGCAGUGGCCUCUAGUGAGCAGUCCUAUCAUGGGAAACAGCAGUUCCCACAAGAGGACCAAAGCACCCAGUCAGGCCAGCAAGGACGGGCCACCUGACAUGGACAAGGCCCGUCACAAGCAGUUCUUCAGCCACCUCAAGCGGAAGAAGCCGAGUCCCACAGCCUCACAACAGGCUUCUUUACCCUUCUUUCAAUGGCGAGAGGCCACUGACCCUGUCCGGGUGGGUGAGAAACCCCGCAUCAAGGCUGGGAAAACCAAGAUCGUGCUGCUUUUUCCGCUGGACAAGCGGCAGCAGCUGGCCGAGGCGACGGUGGGCCCAUAUGUGAGGCCUGGGCGGCCGACUGAGGAUGCUCUCGGCGCCCCGACGUGCUUCCCAGCGGUGGCUCCCAUGCUUCGUGGGGCAGGCGACGGUGUGGACAGGCGCGAAGGCGCGCGAGCGCGGGAGAUGAAAAGGAUCCUGGUGCUGUUGCUGCAGCUGGACGCGCGGCUGCAGGAGGAGGGGCGUCGAGUGGCAGGCGGGGCGGGGGGCGGGGCUAAGGCCUCGCAGUGCUGGCAGCCCCUGUAUGGGCACCUGCUGACCCAGCGUGAGGCCUGCGGUGAAGGCGACCCCCGCGAGGAGCAGCCCCGCAAGCGGCGCCGCUGCCCUCGCCCGCGGCCCUGAGUGCCUAGCCCCCCAAGCGCCAGGACUCUGCUCAAUAAAGAGCACAUAGCAACCCA